UGGCGCGUCACGGCGCUCAACCGCGAGUACGGCUUGUGCGCCACGUACCCUCGGCUGCUCGCGGUGCCACGUGCGGUCACGGACGAGGCGCUCUCGCGCGCCGCCGCCUUCCGCUCCGGCAGGCGGCUCCCCGUCCUCUGCUGGAAGGACGCGUUUGGAGUCGCCUCCAUCUGCCGCUGCUCCCAGCCGCUGGUCGGCGUCGCCAACAAGCGCUCAGCGGACGACGAGGCGCUGCUGCGCGCCAUUGGAGAGACGAACCCGAUCGGCGACACGCUGCACAUCCUCGACUGCCGCCCGAAGCUGAACGCCGAGGUGAACCAGGUCAAGGGCAAGGGGUACGAGCACGCCUCCAACUACGCGGCCACGCGCCUCACCUUCAUGAACAUCGAGAACAUCCACGCGAUGCGGUCCUCCCUCAAGGCCUUCCUGGCCGUGCUCAAGAAGCAGGCGGCCGCGGGAGAGACGUCGAUGCCCGAGCUCGAGAAGAGCGGGUGGCUCGAGCACCUGCGGAUGGUGCUCAGGGCCGCGCUCCACGCCGCGCGGCUGCUCGAGCACGACCGUGCCUCCGUCGUCGUGCACUGCUCGGAUGGCUGGGACCGCACGUCGCAGGUGACCGCCCUGGCGCAGCUCGCCCUCGACCCGACCUUCCGCACGCGCCGAGGCUUCGAGACGCUGGUCGCCAAGGAGUGGCUCUCCUUCGGCCACCAGUUCGCAAAGCGGUGCGGCACGAUCGCGCCGCUCGAGCGCGGCGCGCAGUCCUCGGAGGAGCAGUCCUCGCCCGUCUUCUUGCAGUACGUCGACUGCGUGCACCAGCUGUGCGAGCAGUUCCCGUCCGCGUUCGAGUUCAACUCGCUCUACCUCGCCGAGUUGCUUCACCACCUCACCAGCUGCUUGCACGGCACGCUCCUCGGCAACUGCGAACGGCAGCGAGCCGACUUGCCGCCCACGCUGCCGCUCUGGCCAGCGCUCUCCGAGCCGCGGUUCGUCAACCAGAGCUACGCGCCU